CCUGAGUCUACCACCAACAGCAACUAACUACUAACUUAUACUAUACUCACUCAUCUCGAACAACAAGCUAUGUGGCUUGUACUGCUUGUACUUCUUCAGCUUCACUAUCUCGAAACACUUUGAAAAAGGACAAAUUUCCAUACGUACAUGCUGACACAAGACCAGAAAUUGACACCCGAAGCAAUCGGUUCUGACGGCUCGAUGCAGGAGAAACUAGACACCUGGCUCUUCAGCCACAAUCUCGCCCGCCCCCCCCAAGCUGAGACCAAUUCAAAGGGUCUCUCUCUGUUUUCAAGGCUGAGACUAAAAACGCUUCUACCCGAAACAGUCUUUGUCAGUCCUUCCAACAGAGUUGAGGACAAUCAACAAACGCCCACCUCCGAUCUUCAACGGGCCGCUCACCCGCCUAGCCAAACUACUACCGUGCAUGCUGCCUAUAACCCACCACUACACCAGCACAUGAGUACAUUACAGUACACUACAGUACAGCAUCAUGAUGGCAUCACCGACAGCGUGCCGGUAUCUCUCACAUGAGCAGUACAUCUGAAUUCGUUUUCUCCCGGCCAAUAUGAUCAGCGGGGUCUGAAUUUCAGCCUCUCUGGACGGACCGACCAUAAGACGAAACGGGCUCGUGAGCCUACGUGUUCGCCCCGGCCUGGCUGCAAUCAAGC